UUUUUUUUCUUUCCAUUUCAACACCCCCCGCGCCUACUUGUUUGCAUGCCUGACUAACCGCUCGCUCCCCCACUUCCCAUUUCUGCAGACACCUCUUGGAACGGAACUCGCCGAGUUUCGUCACCGACAGCAGCAAUCAUCCGCUUUCCCAAGCUUUCGAUGGGCUGUCAGACGUCUAAGGACGUCCUGCCCAACAGCUCCAGCGAGCACGAGCAGCGCCCCAGCCUCAGCCAGAUCUUCCUGCAAGCCGCCUCCAAGCAACAGGCCCGCGAUGAGAGCGGCGUGGGCGCGCAUCGACCGCCCACCAGCGACUCGCACCGCGACGUCUUCAGCAUCUUUGGCGAGCGUGGCAUGGCACUCGAGGCCGUCGCGUCUCCGUCUGCCAGCAACUGCUCACCUGCCAGUCCGAGUGGCAGCGUCUUCUCCACUGCCACUACUGCCUCAGACACCGAGCGCACACUGGUACUGCACCGACCAGCAGGCCAGUACUUCCCGCAACUCCGCGUGAGUUACGGCACCUAUUCCGACACGGGCAUUCGCAAAAACAACGAGGACAGACAAGCCACCACAUCACGGAAAGUGGACGACGACCUCGUAGCCUUCUUCGGACUGUACGACGGUCACGGAGGACCCGAAGUGGCCGAAUAUCUGGCCGAAAAGCUGCACGAAAACGUGUUCAGUCACCUCCAAAAGCCCACCAACGAGCCGGAAUCUGUACGGAGUUUGCCGCCGGCUGACAUUGAAUUGAGCGAUGCUGUCCGGACAGCUUACGCCGCUACAGAUGAAGAAAUUUUCAAGCAGCAAUUGCCCAGCGGAUCCACUGCAGUAUCGGUAGUGAUCCGCGGCACCACGGCUCUGGUGUCCAGUGUAGGGGACUCGCAGAUCGUAUUGUCCACGAACGGCCAGGCCAAGGAUCUGUGCAUCGCCCACACUCCUGAUCUCUCCAGUGAACGGGAUCGGAUCCUUAAAGCCAAAGGACAGAUCUCCAAGGGCCGCAUCUACGGGAUGCUGGGAGUAUCCAGGGCGUUCGGAGACAUCGACUUUAAGACCGGACGAGGAGAAUUCAAGAACAGAUUCAACGGUGACCUGGUUUGCGCCACGCCCGACCUCGUGGUCCACGAGAUCAAGAGCCAGGACGAGUUCAUGGUGCUCGGCUGCGACGGCCUCUACGACGUCAUGGCACCUCAGGACGUAGUGAACUUCGUGCGUGCCAAACUGGGACUGCAUGGCGACGUGCAGCACGCAACCGAAGAGCUCGUGAGCCACGCCAUCGCACUCGGAUCCACCGACAAUGUCAGCGCUAUCAUUGUGUGCUUCAACCAGGACGAGCAGGAGGUCGUGCCUGUGACGCCCAUCGAGGCGGCUCAGGCGGCCGAGGCUCAGAAGAAGCGGGCGGCUGCUGCCACUGUGGGCUCGGUGUGAAACCAGUAUUCCAUUCAUCUAUCAAAUCAAGCGCGGCCUACAAAUGUAUCAUAGAAAAUGGCAACGCUGCUGCAAGCGGAGUCGUAACCCCGUGUACCAAUAGUUAGUUUAUCUAGGUCGCCUUGGCCAUGCAGUAUUUACUAAAAAAAAUGUUUGACACCUUCGA